GCUCAGUCAGCCGUGGGGUGCGCACGGGUCACCAACUCGAAUCUUUAUGGAUUAUUUUUUUCUGCAUCAAGAGCAAAUCACGUGAGAUGAAUGUGCAAUGACAGCGUCCCGACACCCAGCGGUCUCGCGCAGUUCUCGAGGAACGGACGCGCGUUCGCAUUCCUUCAUGUAACCCAGCACUUCAUCGCGUUUUUACAGUCUUUUCUUUCUUUUUAUUUUGCUUUUUUUCGUUUGCUUUGUUUUGUUUCUUGGCGAUGGCUUGGCCGUGCAUCAGCAGAGUCUGCUGCUUAGCUCGGUUCUGGAACCAGUUUGAUAAAUCGGAUUUGUCGGUUCCGUUAACCAUCCAGAACUACUCGGACAUCGCGGAACAGGAGGUCCGGUCCGUCACCAAACUCGUCUCCACGGAACAGGCGCCGAGCGUGGAGUUCGCCGCGCCGGAUCACGCCGCUGGAGUCAGGCGGUCGCACCGUGGACGGACGGAACCCAGUUACAAACCCCGCGAGGACUACCAACCCCCAGGUGUGCCUUUCCCCAGCGUCACCCAGUAUAAACAGGAUUACAAACCCUGGCCCAUCCCGAAGAAGGAUAACUUUCCCUGGAUUAGUAACGGAGGGAAAGGUGGCAGUGUGACGGACAGCCCGGUGAACGGUUACUCUAACGGCACGAGUCAGGCGCGGGCGGACAGACAGGAGCGCAGCGGCAGACCGAGAGCCGGAGAUCAGAUCAGCUCAUACAGACAGGAGUACCAGCCGUGGUCUGGAGCACGACCGUCAAAGCCUGCCCACAAACGGCCCACUUUCCUGGGCACAGGAGGUGCCGAGCCACCGCCGGAGACCAGCUAUCAGGCAGCCUUCAGCACAGACACACACAGACAGACGGACGGUCUGCCGGACACCAGCAGCACACAUACUGACAGACAGAGGACAGACAUCAGUGGCAAGCCAGAGGAGCAGAAGACCAAGCUGUCACCAAACCCAUCUGCUGUCUUUCAAAGCAAAUCCAGGAUCUUCAACAUAUGAUCCAUAAAGCUCCAAACAUAAAGAGCCACAUUCACAAUGGAUUCAGCCUUUAAUUCACUACAAGAGAAAAACAUUUACAAAAAAAUAAAAAAUAAAACGAUGGAAUGUCUAAAGAGACACCUGAAUGUUGAGAAUCUGGAGGAUAAUCAGAGGAAAACAAGAUGAAAAGAGACGGAAGUUUGUGAAAAGCAACAUCUAUAAAUCAUUCCACUGAGGAAAUCACAGAGCCGGAGGAUUUUUGCUGGAAAUUUACACAAUGUAAAAUCUAUGCAAGAGAAUGUAUGCUUCAAAAGUCAACAAGAGGGAUGUGUUUGUAAUACACUUCAAGUUCAGGAGCGAAAGAAAAAGUGUGUGUGUGUGACUGGAAAAAAAAUGUUUAAGCCUCAAAUUGUGCUGAGCUCGCCUCGUCCCCAUCCCUGCUGAAUGAAUAUGCAUGUUUCCUAAUAGUUUUAUGAAUCGACUGAAUAUGCACUUAAAAAUGUUGAACAAAAUAAUGUAUUAUGGUAACUCAGUGUCUGGAUGUGUGUGUGUGUGUGUGUGUGUGUUUUGUGCAAGCCUAGUUAAUUACAUUGUUUUGUAUAUAGUGAUGUUGGUCUGCCUUUAUGGAUCUGUUAAUGUCUGCCUGAGGAUGCGGGUGCUUAUAAUCACCCCUUUGCUUCCUCCGGACCCCUCUGGCCCUUUAUGAAACCCAUGUGAAGACUUUAGCACAUUAAGAUUCUUUCACUUUCAUGGAUUUAGGGACACUUCAAGUUUUUUUUGUAAAUCUGGUUCAGAGAUAAAUGGGGAAAAUAAGGCAAAAUGUUGAAAUAAAUAUGACAUUCUUAAAA